CUGCCAGAUCCCGGAGUCCUUCAUGUCUGUGGCAGACGUAGAAAAAUGGAAUGAAAAGGACCGAGACGAUUCAUGUUUUCAUCAAAAACCCAUUCCGCGUUUAAACUACCUCUGUCGUCUUGCCCGUCCCUAACAGGCUGGAUGAAAUGAGAUCCCCAUGUAGCGAUUACCAUGGAAACUCGUGACUCCCCUUCUCUCUCAAGGCAGGAAAAUGGGCAGCAGAUUUCAAAGCUACGUCAGACGACACAUCUUGAUAAUGAGGUGCCAGAGAAAGUCCCUGGGAUGGAGCCUGACAAGGAAAACAGCCCUACGGACGACAACCUGAGGACGGAGGAGAGCCGGAGAGAGAUUGUAUUGGGACUGAGCACAGAGAAUGCAGUAGGUGCUGCCACUAAAGAAAUUCCCUGCAACGAAUGUGCCACUUCAUUCUCGAGUUUACAAAAAUACAUGGAACACCACUGCCCAAACGCUCGCCUUCCUCUUCUGAAGGAUGAAAAUGAGAGUGAGGUCAGUGACCUCGAGGACAGCGAUGUCGAGAACCUGACAGGAGACAUAGUUUACCAGCCCGAUGGCUCAGCUUUUAUUCUUGAGGACUCCAAAGAAGGUGGCCAGAACGCCCAGUCGGGGGUCAAAAGCCUCUUUUCCCCAGCACUGUUUUCAAACUACCAAAUUGAUGCUGGGGAAAAGACUGAGCAGUCUGCCACAGCCCCCAUGUCCUUUUAUCCACAAGUGGUCAAUACCUUUCACAUUGCUUCAUCCCUCGGGAAACCAUUUAUCGCCAAUCAGUCUUUCCCAAAUACCUCAGCAUUAGCAGGAGAUGGUCCUGUGUUGCACAGUUUCCGUGUCUACGAUCUCCGACACAAGAGUGAAAAAGACUAUCUUACCAUUGAUGGCUCAGCCAAAAACUCCUGUGUGUCCAAAGAUGUUCCAAACAAUGUGGACUUGUCUAAAUUUGAUGGGUGCAUUAGUGAUGGGAAAAGAAAACCUAUUCUGAUGUGUUUCUUGUGCAAAUUGUCUUUUGGUUAUAGUAGGUCAUUUGUAACCCAUGCUGUGCAUGAUCAUCGGAUGACCCUCAAUGAGCAGGAGCAGAAGCUCCUUAGUAAUAAAUAUGUCUCUGCCAUCAUACAGGGCAUUGGUAAAGACAAAGAACCUCUUAUAAGCUUUCUGGAACCAAAAAAAAACAAUUCUGUGUUACCCCACUUUUCUACUGCAAACUUCAUGGGCCCUGAUCCAGGCAUUUGCAGCCUGUGGAAUACCUUUCACAUGGACAAUGGUGAUUCCCUGCAGGCUGGUUUUGCCUUCCUGAAAGGAAGUGCCAGUUUGGCAUCUUCUGCAGACCAGUCACCCAGGAGUGCCCAGAUGCCAAAGGCUGAACUGAACCUUGGGGACGUGGUCACCUCGGCACUUAAGUCCCCCGUUAGCUCCGCGUCUCUCCAGCACUCUUCGCCCGGGGCUGGGUGCAGGGAUCAGGAGAGCAACUGUGAACGGCAGAAGGACAUUAGCACUUUGCAUGCGAAUGGCGAGCUCCCCAUCAAAAGUGAGCCCAGAGAUGUCACUGAUGCUGAGGAGGAUGAUGACAUGUAUUCAAAUGAGCUUGAUGAUGAUGGUGUUGGUGAACUAGGGGAUAAUACCAGUAGCAAAGAUUUCUCUCUCUUAAACCAAAGCAUUUCUCCUUUAUCGUCCAAUGUGCUAAAAUUUACUGAAAGGGGCACUACUUCCUCUGUGACUGUCGCCAAUGACCUAGAGAAGACAAAGCAAGCUGCUGCCAUUUUGGACUACAGCAAUGAUUCUACUAGUGGAGCCAGCAAAGAUGGCUGUGACUCCAAUGGCGGCAGAGAUGGCACACCACCAUCUCUUCCUCUUGACCUAAUGCGACGGGACGAUGAGAGCCCAGGCCCACUGCACCAGCAUGCUGCCACGCCCAGCACCCCUGGCACCCCCGGCCCAGGAGAGGGCUCUCCUGGAAGCGGGAUCGAAUGCCCCAAAUGUGACACUGUCUUAGGUUCCUCUCGUUCACUCGGUGGUCAUAUGACCAUGAUGCACUCACGGAACUCCUGCAAGACGCUAAAAUGCCCUAAAUGCAAUUGGCACUACAAGUACCAGCAGACCCUGGAUGCCCACAUGAAGGAGAAGCACCCAGAGUCUGGAGGCUCUUGUGUUUAUUGUCGCACGGGUCAGCCUCACCCUCGACUAGCUCGAGGCGAGAGCUACACCUGUGGCUACAAACCUUUCCGCUGUGAGGUGUGCAACUACUCUACAACUACCAAAGGCAACCUUAGCAUACACAUGCAGUCAGACAAGCACCUCAACAAUGUGCAGACACUGCAGAAUGGAGGAACGGAAGCCAUCUACAACCACACCGCUCCUGUCUCGAACACCAGCCUGAGUGGAUGUGGCACGCCCUCGCCAUCCAAACCAAAACAGAAGCCCACGUGGCGAUGCGAGGUCUGCGACUAUGAGACCAACGUAGCACGCAACUUGCGCAUUCACAUGACAAGCGAGAAACACAUGCACAACAUGAUGCUUCUACAGCAGAACAUGAAGCAGAUCCAGCACAACCUACAUCUGGGCUUGGCACCAGCUGAGGCAGAGCUCUACCAGUACUACCUGGCCCAGAACAUCGGCCUCAGUGGGAUGAAACUAGAGAACCCUUCAGACCCACAGAUGAUGAUCAGCCCAUUCCAGCUUGACCCUAGCACUGCCGCAGCUCUGGCUCCUGGUCAUGUAAAUAAUGAGCUGCCUGCCGAGCUGUGUCUUGCGAGUGGUCAGCUAAUGGGUGAUGACCUGUCCAUCCUCUCUGCUGGGGAGCUGUCACCUUGCAUCAGUGACCCGCUGCUGAAACUCUUCCAGUGUGCAGUGUGCAACAAAUUCAGCUCCGACAGCCUGGAGGCCCUGAGCGGGCACGUGACGGCCGAACGAUCACUUCCGGAAGAGGAGUGGAGGGCUGUGAUGGGAGAUGUCUACCAAUGCAAGCUGUGCAACUACAACACGCAGCUCAAGGCUAAUUUCCAACUCCACUGCAAGACCGACAAGCACAUGCAGAAGUAUCAGCUGGUGGCCCACAUCAAGGAAGGUGGCAAAGCCAACCAGUGGCGUCUCAAGUGCAUUGCCAUUGGCAAUCCUGUGCACCUGAAGUGCAACGCCUGCGACUACUACAGCAACAGUGUGGAGAAGCUGAGAUUGCAUGCGACCAACCAGAGGCACGAAGCUGCUCUGAAAGUCUACAAGCACUUGCAAAAACAAGAGAGUGUGUGUAACUCGGAGUCCUGCUACUACUACUGUGCGUUGUGUGAGUACUCCAGCCGAGCCAAGCUGAACUUGCUGCAGCACCUCCGAUCAGUCAAGCACCAGCAGAGCGAGGGGCUCCGCAAAUUGCAGUUGCACCAGCAGGGCCUUCCUCCCGACGAAGACAACCUCGCUGAUAUUUACUUUGUCAAGGACUGUCCUCCGAACGAAUCUGUUGUAGAAGAACCAGGUGAAGACAGCGAAGAAUCCCCACGAGCCUCCUCUCUGGCUGCGGCCGAGGACAAAGACUCGAGCAAGAGGGACACCAUAGAAGGCAAGACGACAGACAAGGACCCCAGAAUUAAUACUCUGGCUAAGGAAGCCCUGGGGACUGCUACAGCAGGGAAGCGGUCGCUUCAGCAGGAGAAAGAAAAUGACACUCCACCCAAGAGGCCUAAAUCUGCUGAAGAGAAGACACUGUCCAAUGAGCAGGUGCAGCAGUGCCCAUACUGUAACUACAGUAACAAGGAUGCAAACCGUUUACAGCUGCACAUCAUGUCUCAGCAUUCCAUGCAGCCUGUCAUAAGCUGCCCUCUAUGUCAGGAUGUCCUCAGCAACAAGAUUCAUUUGCAGCUGCAUCUUACUCACCUGCACAGUGUGGCUCCAGAUUGUGUGGAGAAGUUGCUUAUGACAGUUGCAGGACCAGAUGUUACAGUGCCCAAUAAUUAUUUGAUGCCUGUAUCAUUACAAGACAAAGUCCUAUCUUUGAUUGAUUCUUCAGCUGUUAUCCCAGAGGGAUCUGGAAAACCCCUGGGAAGCAACUCGAAGGAUUUGAAAAGCAGCACAGACCAAGACAAAAGUGAGGUUGAACUUGCUAAUGAGGAACUCAAGCCACCAAAGGAGGCUGCUGAGGCCCCUGAUUGGAAGAAAGCCAGUGGGCAGGACAGGAAGAGCCCAGACUGCCUGCAGGAGCAUCUUACCGAUCUGCAGAAGCGCCAGCAGCUCUCAGUCUCUGAUCGCCAUGUCUACAAAUACCGCUGUAACCAUUGCAGCCUGGCUUUCAAGACUAUGCAGAAGCUUGAGAUACAUUCCCAGUACCACGCCAUUCGUGCAGCCACCAUGUGCAGCCUGUGCCAGCGCAGCUUCAGGACAUUCCUUGCCCUUCGAAAGCAUCUGGAGACUGGUCACCCUGAGCUGAGUGAUGCCGAAGUGCAACAGCUCUGUGGUAACCUGCCUCUAAAUGGUGACAUUGCUGAGAGUGAGAUGAGGGCUCUGGAAGAGGCACAAGCUUUUGAGCAUGAACUAGACAAAGAUGAGGAGCUUGACCAAGAGGGGAAGGCCAGUCCCACUGGAAGUGACGGCAGCUCUUUGCUUGAUGACAUGGGCUCAGAGCCUAAGCGGACCUUGCCUUUUAGGAAAGGUCCAAAUUUCACCAUGGAAAAGUUUUUAGACCCCUCGCGUCCAUACAAAUGCACAGUCUGCAAGGAGUCCUUCACCCAAAAGAACAUUCUCCUUGUUCACUAUAAUUCUGUUUCACAUUUGCAUAAGCUAAAGAAAGUUAUCCAAGAGGCCUCAAGCCCAGUUCCACAGGAGGCCAGCAACAAUGUUGACAACAAACCAUACAAAUGCAAUAUAUGUAACGUUGCUUAUAGCCAAAGCUCAACCCUGGAGAUUCACAUAAGGUCUGUACUUCAUCAGACAAAAGCCAGAACCGCUAAAAUAGAGACUAGCUCUUGUACCAGUGGUGGUAGCAGUGGAAGUACUUCAGCCAAAAGCCCUGUUCCACUCAAUCAGGGCAACACAGAUUCUGAAAGUUCACCAGUAUCAUCUAACAAAGAAAACACUGUAGAUGCCAAAGAAGUUACCAUGAAACAAACUACUGAUCAUAUCUCUGUGCAGCCCACCCUCCCACCUGCCCAAUCACCAGCACAGCUUCAGAUGCAGCUGCAACAUGAGCUGCAACAGCAAGCUGCAUUCUUUCAGCCCCAGUUUUUGAAUCCAGCAUUUUUCCCCCACUUCCCAAUGACACCAGAAGCCCUGCUGCAGUUUCAGCAGCCCCAGUUCCUCUUCCCAUUCUACAUCCCUGGUGCUGAAUUUAACAUAAGUCCUGAGCUUGCAUUGCAUUCAGCUGCAUUUGGCAUGCCUGGCAUGACAGGAUCAUUCCUAGAAGAUCUCAAGCAGCAGAUGCAGCAGCAACAUCAGCUGGGCCAACAACAACAGCUUCAGCUCUCUCAGCAGCAGACUCAACAGCAGGCCUCCCAGUCUCAGAUGCAGCAAUAUCAGCAAAAAGCUCAGCAGCAGAACCAAAAGACUAAAACUGAGUCCAACCACAUUGCUCUGUCUGAGAUUCAGAUGUCCAGAGAAGCUGAAGAGCACCUAGAGAAUCAGGAGAGCAAAGCAAAACAGGAUAUAGCUAAUGAUACUGACAGUGCAAAAGAUACUAAAGAUUCUAGAAAGCCUACAUUUUCAGAACCUCUCGUUCCUCCACCACGCAUCAUCUCAGGGGCUAGAGGUAAUGCUGCUAAAGUGCUAUUGGAGAACUUUGGCUUUGAACUGGUCAUUCAGUAUAAUGAGAAUAGACAGAAAAGCCAGAAAAAGAACAGGGAGGAAGAGUUGACUGACAAACUGGAAUGUGGGCUGUGUGGAAAGUUCUUUUCUAACAUGCUGAUUCUCAAAAGCCAUCAGGAACAUGUGCACGGGCAGUUCUUUCCAUAUGUGGAGCUAGAGAAGUUUGCACAGCAAUACAGGGAGGCAUAUGACAAGUUGUACCCCAUAAACCCAGCAUCUCCAGAAACUCCUCCACCACCUCCACCCCCACCUCCUCCUCCCCCUCCUGCUCCAGUGACUACUCUCCCUGCCGCUACCUCUGUAGGGAAAUCACAGACAUCAUCUCCAGCACCUCUGCAGGCUCCUCAGCCACCACCACCACCUCCCCCUCCACCACCACUACCACCUCCACAACCCACAGCACCUCCUCAAGUGCAGCUCCCUGUUUCUCUCGACUUGCCAAUUUUCCCACCACUUAUGAUGCAAUCAAUGCAGCACCCUGGGCUACCACCACAGCUUGCGCUGCAGCUUCCAACAAUGGACUCUUUAUCUUCUGACCUCACACAGUUAUGUCAACAACAACUGGGACUGGAUCCAAACUUCCUGCAGCAGUCUCAGUUCAAGCGUCCUCGCACAAGAAUCACGGAUGAUCAGCUAAAAAUCCUUCGUGCUCACUUUGACAUCAAUAAUUCUCCCAACGAAGAGCAGAUUCAAGAAAUGGCCGACAAAUCUGGCCUUCCGCAGAAAGUCAUAAAGCAUUGGUUCCGCAAUACACUCUUCAAAGAGCGUCAAAGAAGCAAAGACUCUCCUUACAAUUUCAACAUUCCACCCAUGACCACACUGGAAGAUUUCAGACUUGAAUCCCAAGUAAACAUGCUGGAGUACUACAGAACUGAUGCUACAGCGAACAAACGGUCAUCGAGGACACGCUUCACAGAUUAUCAACUACGAGUACUCCAAGACUUCUUUGAUACCAAUGCUUACCCUAAAGAUGAUGAAAUUGAGCAGCUUUCCACUGUACUCAACCUGCCAACACGAGUGAUUGUGGUGUGGUUCCAAAAUGCCCGUCAGAAGGCCAGAAAAAGUUAUGAGAACCAAGCAGAUACAAAAGACAGUGAAAAGAAAGAACUGACAAAUGAACGAUACAUCAGGACGAGCAACAUGCAGUACCAGUGUAAGAAAUGCAGUGUGAUUUUCCCCCGAAUUUUUGACCUCAUUACUCACCAAAAGAAACAAUGCUACAAAGAUGAGGAUGAUGAAGGUGGAGAUGAAAACUACUCUGAGGAUUUAGCAGAAAACAGUGAGCAGUGCUCAGCAAGGCCAGCAGAACCAGCAAAACACCCUUAUGUAACGGCAAGCAGCUCUGGCUCCAGUUCUCCCUUAAUGCCUUCCCCUCGACCUGAUGUAGGGAAAACCUCACCGAAACAUGAACUCCUCCAUGAAAAACCCAAAUUGGGAGAUAUUGCCCAAAUGCAAACAGCCAAGAGCUUGAGUGAUCUAAAAUCUUCCAAGGCCUCAACCCCACAGCCUCCUCCACAGAAAGUAUCUCAACCUCACAUGUCAAGAUCCCAUUCCCAGCCCCAGUCUACAACUGUCCCUUCAAGUCCUCUCUCCAUUGCACUGUCUUCUCUUAACAAUAGCCUUCCCCCACAGAUGUUACAGUACCACUGUGAUCAGUGCAAAAUCGCUUUCCCAACAGUAGAGCUGUGGCAGGAGCACCAGCACAUACAUUUUCUGGCUGCCCAAAACCAAUUUCUGCACUCACAGUUUUUAGAAAGGCCACUGGAUAUGCCCUAUAUGAUCUUUGACCCAAAUAACCCUCUUAUGACUGGUCAACUCCUGUCUGGAGCCCUGUCACAGAUGCCGACUCCAAGCAACUCUGGCCUUGCCUCUGCUGUUAGCUCUAACUCUAUGAAACGUAAAUUAGAUGAAAAAGAUGAUGGGCAUCAUGAAAAAGAUGGUCUUAACAGUGGUGAAGAUCAGCACAGAGAUAAACGUCUUAGGACUACCAUUACUCCAGAGCAACUUGAGAUCCUCUACGAUAAGUAUUUACUAGAUUCAAACCCAACACGAAAGAUGUUAGAUCACAUUGCUCGUGAAGUCGGUCUAAAGAAAAGAGUUGUUCAAGUCUGGUUUCAGAACACCCGAGCAAGAGAGAGGAAAGGACAUUUUAGAGCAGUUGGGCCUUCCCAAACUCACAAAAAGUGCCCCUUCUGCAGGGCAUUGUUCAAGGCCAAGUCAGCUCUUGAUAGCCACAUUCGUUCAAGGCACUGGCAUGAGGCUAAACAGGCAGGUUUUAGUUUGCCCCCAAGUCCAAUGAUGCCACAAGAUGAUGAAGGUCAAAGCCUUUAUAAGUACAAUUUCUCUGACUAUAUACAGAUGACCACAAAGACUGAAACAAAUGAAAGUGAGCCCCCAACAGCAUCCUCCACUCCAGUUAAACCUUCUGAGAUGCCACUAAAAAACUUAUUGAACUUAUCAUCCUUAAAAGCAGAAAAUAUUGAUGAACUUGAGGGGCUUAACAUGAGUUCCGCAGAAGCCUCUUUUGAUGGUAACAAAAUUGACUAUGAUGAGACCUCCUCAAUUAACACAGCUGUAAGUGAUGUUACAACUGGUGACGAGACUAAUAAUGAAGUUGAGAAUCUUACAAUUAAUGGGAUUGAGAAAAUGGUUGAGAGCAAAAUGAACCAAGCACAAACCUCUGAGACAAAUGAGGAUAGAUUUCCUUUCAACAUGGUUAGUCCAGUGCUAAGUUUCUCUGGCAAAGAUAGUGAUUACUUCAAUUUCAGAGAUGAUGACCUAGAUGAAAAUGCAGACAAGAGUGAGACUUCGAGUUUGGCUGAUCCAAGUUCACCCAGUCCAUUUGGAGGUUCCAAUCCCUUCAAGUCAGUAAAGGCAGGUGGAGAGAGACCAGGCCACAAGCGUUUUAGAACUCAAAUGAGCAACCUACAGCUUAAAGUUCUCAAGGCUUGCUUCAGUGACUACCGCACACCUACUAUGCAAGAGUGUGAAAUGCUGGGCAAUGAAAUAAGACUCCCAAAACGUGUCGUGCAGGUUUGGUUCCAGAAUGCCCGUGCAAAAGAAAAGAAAUUUAAAAUAAACAUUGGAAAGCCAUUCAUGAUAAGCCAAGGUUCCCCAGAUGGGCCAAGGCCUGAGUGUACUUUAUGUGGAGUGAAGUAUACAGCCAGACUUUCAAUUCGUGAUCAUAUCUUCUCAAAGCAACACAUUGCAAAAGUGCAGGAAACACUGGGCAAUCAGGUUGAUCGAGAAAAAGACUAUCUUGCACCUACCACUGUCCGCCAGCUUAUGGCCCAACAAGAACUUGACCGUUUGAAGAAGGCAACCGAUGUACUCAGCUUGCCAGCCCAGCAGCAACCUGCAAUGGACAAUAAUGCACUUCAUGGACUUAGCCUGCCAACUGCCUACCCAGGAAUAUCUAGUCUACCACCAGUGCUUCUUCCUGGUGUUAAUGGGCCAUCCUCUCUUCCAGGUUUCCCACCAAAUACCCCUGCUUUAGCGUCUCCUGGUGCUGGCAUGCUUGGGUUCCCUACUCCAGCCACCCCUUCUCCUGCCAUGUCUCUCAGCAGUACCCCAACCAAGACUCUUCUUCAGACACCUCCUCCUGCUCCUCCUCCUCCACCCCCCGCACUUCCUCUUCCUUCCACUCCUUUGGCAGCAAAUCAGACUGAGCAGCACAUAAAAGAGUCUGAAAAAGACAAGAAGUUAGAGAAGACCAAGGUCAACAAAGAAGCUGACACUGCCCGCCCCGAAACCCCAGUUGUGAAGAAAAGGGAAAAGCCCUCACCGCCACUCUCGAUGAUAGGAAAAUUGGGAAGUGAGGCUUCAAUGGACCCAGCACAACUGCAAGCACUUCAGAAUGCUAUCGCUGGUGACCCAGGCUCCUUCUUAGGGGGACAGUUCUUGCCUUAUUUCAUCCCUGGCUUUGCAUCUUGCUUCUCACCCCAACUUCCUGGCGGAGUACAGGGGGGUUAUUUCCCUCCUCUCUGUGGAAUGGAGAACCUGUUCCCCUAUGGCCCUGCUAUGCCGCAGGCUAUUGCAGGGCUUUCUCCAACUGCCUUGUUGCAGCAGUACCAUCAGUACCAGCAGUCCCUCCAGGAUUCCUUACAGAAGCAGCAGCAACAGCAGCAAAAGCUAAAUGAACAGCAGCAGAAAACACCACUUACGAAGUCACGGGGUGCACAGAGCAACUUUGUCAAACCAAAAGAGG